GAAUCACUGAGGGAUGACUCAACGGCCGCCUAUAAAAGAGGAACACUGAUGGAGCAGGGGCAAUGACACAGAGCCUAAAGAGGAGACCAGACCUGAGAACAUGUCUGCUACAGUGGCCCUCCUCUGCACCUCCCUCCUGCUGCUCCUGCCCGCGGGAUCUGGGGUUCCCCUCUCCGUGGAGACCAUGAAGAGCAACGUCAAGCUGAUGGCCCAGACCACCAUCAUCAGGAUAGAGAAGCUCACAGAGGAGUUCCGGAUCUCCCCCAACAUGGUGUUCGACGGCCUGGACCUGAUCCCGGACAUCGGGCCGGACAAGCCGUCGGAGGGCCUGAGCUGGGCGGCGCGGAGCCUGCACACCUUCCAGACGGUGCUGACCGACCUGCCGGCGGACGAGCUGGCCCAGGUGCGCCAGGACAUCCGCAGCCUGCGGGGCCUGCUGCGCUCGCUGGCCUCCUCCUUCGGCUGCCCGCUGCCCAAACCCGGGGCGGACGGCCGCCUGGACGCCUUCCUCAAGACCAACUCCACCUACCACGUCACCAUCGGCAACGUCACCCUGCAGCGCCUGCAGCGCUUCCUCCUCAAGCUGGUGCAGAACCUGGACCAGCUCAAGUCCUGCUGA